AUGACUUUUAUUGGGGACUACAGCCUGAAAAAUCAAACCCUGAGACCUAGCUUCAUCUUCUUUGAAUAUACCAAUAAUUCUGGAGUGCAAGUGUUACUGUUUGCUGGGUUCUUUACUGUCUAUACCCUGACACUUUUGGGGAAUGGAUUGAUUAUAACCCUCACUUUUAUUGAUUUAGCCCUUCAUACACCCAUGUACUUCUUUUUACGAAUCUUGUCUUUUCUAGAGAUUUUGUACACUUCAGUAACUGUCCCUAAGAUAUUAGUGAAUAUUAUAUCUGAAUCAAAAACUAUGUCCUUCAUAGGUUGUGCUACCCAGAUGUAUUUUCUUCUUUCUCUUGGAACAGUUGAAUGCUACCUAUUAGCUGUCAUGGCAUAUGACCGCUGUAUGGCAAUAUGCUUCCCACUACAUUAUGUCCUGGUUAUGAACCAAAAUGUCUGUGCUCAAAUGGCCAUUGCUGCUUGGAUCUGUGGAAUUAUAAUGCCACUUGGCAAUGUAGUUUGGAUCUUUUCUUUGCCCUAUUGUGGCCCCAACCAGAUUAAUCACUUCUUCUGUGAUGUUUCACCAUUGCUGAGGUUGGCUUGCACUGAUACCACAAGGAACGAGAUAUCCAUCCUUGCCCUAAGUGUGCUAAUCACACUGUCCCCCUUUCUGCUGGUGUUGAUUUCUUAUAUCCGUAUCUUUUUCACUAUAGUAAAAAUGCCAUUAGUUAAAAGUCAAAAUAAAGCAUUUUCCACUUGCUCAUCACAUCUCAUUGUGGUUACCUUGUUUUAUGGCUCUGCCAGUGCAAUGUAUCUACAUCCAAAAUCCAACCACACAGAAAAUAUAGACAAGGUGGUUGCCUUGCUUUAUUCUAUUAUCGUCCCAAUGUUGAACCCUAUGAUUUAUAGCCUGAGAAACAAGGAAGUGAAGGAUGCCCUAAGAAAAUUAAUGAAGGCAAAGAACAGGUUACCUUGA